AUGGACUAUUAUGAGAAGUUAAGUUCAGAGAGACUGAAAAAGAAAUCCUAUGAGCAGUAUAAGAGGCAUACAAGAACCAUUAUGGACGGAAAAGAAUUACUACUGUUCUAUGGCACAACAAUGAGCUGUUAUGGUUCAAACAUAAAACAAGUAUCUGAUCUUUGCAGAGAUCCCACUUGCCCUGUUUGCAUACUAAUUCAAUCCGGUUUCAACACUUCAUAUAACAAGAAAAAUGGGAUUCAACAUAACACAGAUAGUGGGGAACUAAGUGGGAAUAAAACAGUAAUUACAAAGGGGAAGAAUGCCAAGAGAACCAUAAUAGUUUGUCAAACAAUAGCUGGUGGAGUUGUAAAUAUAGAUGAUGUUGAAAAUGAAGAAGUGUAUGAUUCAGUUGGAACGGGACCGUAUUCCAAGUUAGAGUACCUAAUUUUAUGA